AUGGGGGUUUUUUGGGUGGGUAUGGGGGUUUGGGUAGUAAUGGUUGAGGGUUUGGUGAAGUGGGUUUGGGGGUUGGGGGAUGAUGGGGGAAAUAUGGUGGGGGGGUUGGUUUGGGGGGGGUUGGGGAUAAAAGGGGAUAGGGUUUUUGGGGUGGAUGGGGAAGGGGAUUGGGUGGAGAGGGGUGGUGUUGUUGGGUGGUGUGGUUGGGGGUGUGGGGGUUGGGGGGUGGUUGUGUUGUGGGUUUUUGGUGGGGGGUGUGGUUGGUUGGUGGGAGUGGGUGUUUUGGUGGUGGGGGUUUGGGGGUUGUGGUGGUGUGUGGGGUGGUGGGGGGGUUGGUGGGGUGGGUGGUUGGUUUGUGUGGGGUGUUUGGUGGGGUGGUGUUGGGGUGGUAGGUUGGGGGGUGGGGGCAGGGAAAAUGGGGGGGAGGAGGGGGGGGGUAUGAGGUAA